AUGGAGCAUUCUAAGUACUCAAUCCGGCGCGUCACGGUUGUGACCAAUUCCUGCGUGAAAAACCCCAGGAUGCCCGGGUCCCGACUGGCGGCCAGCUUCAGCGAGAGGCUGGACACGACAAAGAUCAGGAAGGGGCGGCAGGGGCAGAAGAGAUCGCCCGGGAGGCGGACGGAAAGCGUCGACGAGUUUCUCCGAUCGGACGACGAUGAAGAACCGAAUGGCACAGCCACCGCUCCUCAAGAAGUUUGGCUCAAGCCCGAAGAACGAGAGCCGCAAGCGGCCGGAGACUAUGACUAUACCGGUGAGCCACAGAGAGACCACGGUGACAUAGAACGAACCGUAGACCCGAUUGGUGAUCUCGCCAACGAAAUGUCCAACAUGUCAACCGACGAUUUCUACGAAAAGAUGCAGGAGCUCAAAAGAGAACACCAGAAAACCUUGUCGAUGGUCCACGGUCUAUACGAAGAAAUCCGCGAAGCAGAGGAUCGACGGAGUCACAGAGAACAGAACGGCGGUGCCUCCAUGGAUAGUGAGGAUACCGAGGAGUUGUUCAGAGAUUUGGAUGACUUGAGGAGUAGCUUCAGGGCAUCCAGGAGUGCGGAUAAAAUAAGAGACAUGACUGCCGCCAAACCGCCCCUGCCCACCACCAGUAGCCGACCACCCUCAGUGUCCAGCAGCAAAUUCGCCUGGUCAGCGAAAAGAGAUCAAGACAUCGAUCUCAACUACCUGAAACGAGGUAGGAGUCUCAGUGAGCAGGAUUUGAGGAGGGUGGGGUCAGACAGCUAUGCUUCUAGCGAUGAUGAGUUUGAACUUGAUGGUAGGACCUCCCCUUGGCGGCAAACUACACCGGGACCCACCCCGAUGAGUCGCAUAGACAAUAUGUGGGACGACUUUUCCGUUGAAGACUACGCUCCUAGGGGGAGAUCGGUGUCACGAGCUUCGCGAACCAGUGUGUCAACGAAGAAAAGCAAGGAGUGGUCGCCGAAGAUCACGAUCCCAGAACCCUUCGAAAUGACUCUACGCGAGGCCAGCAAACCCAAGAAAAAGACGUCUGCCAUGCUAGCCCUUCAGGAGCACCUGAUCACCAAGCAGCAACGAGAGGAGGCGGAGCUACAGAAGAAGUUCAAGGCGUCCCCGGCGCCGGCACACGUUUACGUCCCCAUGUUUGACGACAUCAUGCGCGAACAGGAAGAGAAGAGGCAACAGAUCAGACAGUACAGCAAAGAAAUCCUCAAGUCCAUGGAGAAACCUUUCAGCUUCUACAAGAGGGAGGAGGAGAAGAAGAAAGAAAGACUCGAAAAAGCACAGUUCAUGAUGAAAACAAGCCCCAAGAAGAAGAAGGUAAAACAGUUCAAGGCCAAGCCCGUGCCUAGGUCCUUGCAUGACCCGGCGGCAGCUGACAGAAUACUUGAAGACGAGGAAUACAGGGCCAUCAAGAAGAAGAUGAGGGCAGAAGAACUGAUGAGAUCGGCUUCCCUUCCUCCGAGUAUGCAGGCGAGAGAGAACGCCAAAAAGGCUGAUUCUUACAACAGGUUUCUAUACAGCAAAAGGCCUAAGAGUGCUGGGUAUUCGUUCAAACCCAAAAUACGGCACUCCGUACCCGACUUCGACCAGAUUCACAAAAAGCUGCAGUGGGAGCUUGGUCAGAAGAGGAGAGCGAAGGAGGCCACGGUGGCCGAACCGUUCAACCUCCGCACGUCGCGUAUCCCGUCGAAUACGCACAAAAUCUACGAGGACAUAGAGAGGGACCAGCAGAGUCUGAAAGAGAACAGGUGGCCUUUCAGAGCACCCCGGUCACGCCCACUCUCCUCCCCGGGGCGGUUAUCCACGUCCAUGGACUCCAUCCCGGCCGCCACGACCGAGUCCACGCGCAAGAGGACCGCGGCGGUACGGGCGUCGCUGAUGGAGAGAGAGAUGGAGGAACAGGAGUGGAGGAUGAGGGAGAGACAGAAACGACAGAAGGAGAAGGAGAUUAGAAAGUCUCUGGCUGCCAAGGCAAGAGCCAACGACCAGUCUCUGGCCCUCAGCGAAGUGAAUGACGACAAGCUGAAGGAAUUUAGAGAUCAAGAGAGAGCCCGUCAGUUGGACUACAAGAGGUCGCUGAAUGAAAUGAUGGCACGUGUGGAGAGCAGGCCAUACAUGUUUGAGAGGCAAUCACAGAUCAAUGCGAGGAAGGCGGCUGAGAAGAAAUACCAAGAGGCACUGCGCAAUGCUGGAGUGGACGAGGACUUUGUCGCUGAGAGGAACAGCAGGUCUCGGCCAACCAGCUAUCACGUGAGCGACAGCGACAGCGAUGAGGGAUCGUACCAAAAUACGACGGGCGCUAGUCGGGACAGAAGUCCCUCUGCAAGCGAGGAGUCAGACUUGGAGGUGUAACGUUAAUGUGAGGUUACCUGGAUAAAGUCUAGGAGUGAGUACCAGUUCAAGUCUAGAUCCCGAACCUGAUUAUAGUAUUACAGUAAAAAUAAGGUAGUUAACUUGAAGAAAGUUAAACUGUUCUCCAACACAAAAACGAAAUUAACUCACCAGAAAUGCUAGUAAGGUAGUAAAUUCAUUUUGUAGAGUGAUAUUCAUGUCUCUCACUCUGCGAGUGUUACAAAUAUGUUUAGAUUCACAGUGCAUUGGAAUGUUUUUUCGAUGAACAAGCAUGUGAAUUUAGGUUAAUCUAGUCUGUUUUUUUACCUCUUAUGGUAACUUAGACUAGUGAAGUAACUAUAAGUUUUACUUCAUUACGAGUCCAAAAAAUAUCAGAUCAUGACUUUGUUUUUUUAUUUGACUUGAUGUUAUUCCAAGUUGCACCAGGUUCAGUUAAACAGGUACCCACCCCUUGUAUAGACAGUAACUGUUUCAGCAAAAGCACGUCUGCUUAAGUGCCUUAGAAACAAAGUACUCAUACUGCAAAUUGUGGAGCGUGUUUUUGUAGUUAAUGGCAGGUGAAGAAGGCAGAAAUGUCACUCAAGUACAAUCACAUUCCAGUACUUAAAACAGUUAUACAAAUGUCUUAGGUGUGGAAAAGCAGUUGCAAUGAGCUUGUAUAGAUUGCUGCUAUUCAUUCCUGCUAUAAAUUCAUAAAAUGUGAAUAAUGUAAAUAUCAGUUGAUGGUAGGAACGUUUUAUUCAGUUUUGGAGGGCACAGUCUCUUUCAUCCGUGCCUUUACUGUCUGUUACCAGGUAAUAUAAUGGUAGUCUCCAUAACAACUGGGUGAUUU